CCGCGGGACCCGCGGGCAGCGGAGCGGGAUGAACGAAGACUUCCCCAGCUGAGCUCUCCUGAGCCAAGAGCCGCGUGUGGGGAGGCACCAAAUGGUCUCUGUGAGCUGCCAGGACCUGCUGCCCUCCCUGACCAGCCCUUCCCUGCUCGAGAGCUUGGCCAGUGCCCUGCAGUGCAGGAUGCCACCGUCCCUCCUGCCAGGACACGGCGGUGACAGGACAUGUGGCCACCCAGAGGGCUCUGGGGAUGUCCUGGCAGGCAGCACUGGCCACUCUGAGCCUGCCCCACUGUUCAGUGCCAAGGAGGAGCCCCCCAAAGCUCAGCUUAUCGAGGCUCAGCUCAGGCUGCCUGACUUCUGCCUCUCCCAGGAGUUCAUCCCCACGCUGGAGGAGAUCGAGGAGUUCCUCAGGGAGAAGGCAGAGCUCGCCAGGGAUGAAGCAGGAGAUCCUCACCCCGCGGGGUGGAAAGUGGAGAGCAAAGCUGAGCUCGGCUCUGGGGCACAGCUCACCCCCAGAGAGCACCAUGGAGGAGAAGGACACGUCCCAAACUCUUUGGGGACAGCUGCUGGUGACCAGGCAGUGGCUGCUGGCAGCAUUCCCGUGCUCCUGCAGCUCCAGCCUCUCCCGAUGGACAGCAUCACCCCCCCGGCCCAGCCUGGGGGCGUCAGGGUGGCUCAGCUGCUCAUCAGCCUGCAGAGCCCAAACCUCCCUCAGCUCCAACCCCCUGGCACCAUCCUGGACCAAAAAUACGUCAGAAUCGCCCCCCUGCCGGUGGCCACGGGCCCGGGGGACGGGCAGGAGGAGGCAGAGGCAGCCCCCAGGUGCCAGCAGGGUCCCCCUGCCCUGCUCCGCAGCCACCGCUGCUCCCACCCCGGCUGUGGCAAGGUUUAUUCCAAGAGCUCGCACCUGAAGGCUCAUUUCCGCCGGCACACGGGCGAGAAACCCUACACCUGUGCCUGGCCCAACUGCGGCUGGAGGUUCUCCCGCUCGGAUGAGCUCUCCCGCCACAAGCGCUCCCACUCCGGGGUCAAGCCCUACCAGUGCACGGCCUGUGAGAAGAAGUUUGCCCGCAGUGACCACUUGGCCAAGCACCUGAAGAUCCACCGGGGGCAGCCCUGCAGCCCACGGACACUUCCAGGGCCGAGCAGGAGUUAAUU